AUGAACUUCAACACUCACGACUUAUCUUCUCUCUGCUACCCUGCAAACUUCAAUCCUCCAACAGCCUUGGGUGUGGAGGUCACAUCGAUCGGGGCAGAUUUGAUCACCAAUUUCACCUCCCACAUACCAGAUGCAGCCAAUACCCCUGGGGCCGAUGUUAUUGACUUGAGCUUUUGCAAUGUCACCGUCUCAUACACGCACCCGGGCCAGGGGGACAACGUCACAGUGACAGCGUGGUUGCCAACCGACACCUGGAACGAGCGCAUGCAAGGGAUUGGCGGAGGAGGGUGGGUGGCCGGAGGGCCAAACAGCCAGUCUUACAGCGGUUUGGCGCUUGCUAUCGCCUCUGGCUAUGCCGGAGUCACGACCGACGCGGGAUUGAAUGUUGGUGCUGAUACAUCAGCCAGUGGCUGGGCGCUUCUCAGCCCCGGCAAUGUCAACCUCUAUAAUCUGCAGAACCUGGCAUCUCGCUCAUUACAUGACCAGGCAGUAAUCGGCAGUGCCCUCAUUACAGACUUUUACGGCAGACCACCUCGGAAAUCAUAUUGGAAUGGCUGCUCCCAGGGAGGCCGCCAGGGAAUGAUGCUUGCACAGCGGUAUCCUACUUUAUACGACGGCAUCGCCUCUGCUGCUCCAGCCAUUAACUGGAACGCUUUCUUCACGGCUAUGUAUUGGCCGCAGCUGGUCAUGAACCUGGCUGGAGACUAUCCCCAGGGCUGCGAGUUAGACGCUAUCACAGAAGCAGCGGUGUCAGCCUGCGAUGGUAUUGAUGGUGUUUUUGACGGCCUGAUUUCAGACGUCGAUGCGUGCGAUUUUGAUCCCUUUAGCGUUGUGGGUACCUCAUUCAACUGUCCCUCGACAAACACCACGAUGCAGAUCACGCAGGGUGCAGCAGCAGUGGCGAAUGCGACCUGGUCAGGGCCGCGAACUACGACCGGCGACUUCCUAUGGUAUGGGCCUCACAAGGGAGCAGUCCUGUCAGACAAAUCGACUAUAGCGCUCGCUGCUACCAAUUGCACUGGCGAUGUGUGUGUUGGGGCACCGCAGUAUCUUGGAAGAGAAUGGAUGACAUUGUUUGUUGAGAAGAACCCUCGUUUUGAUCUCAAAAACAUCUCCCAUCAGCAAUACGAAGAGAUUUUCCACGCUGGGGGACAAGAGUUUGCCAGCAUGAUUGACACGACUGACCCUGAUCUCUCGCAAUUCAAAGAAAGUGGCGGUAAAAUUCUGACCUUCCAUGGCCUGGCCGAUCCGAUUAUCCCACCCCAAGGCUCAGAGCUGUACUACAACAGCGUGGAAUCAAUGGAUCCCGACGUUCGUGAGUUUUACCGCCUGUUCCUUGCUCCUGGCGUGGAUCACUGCACUGGGGGACCGGGCGGCCAUCCAUAUACAGUCCUAGAUGCCUUGGUGGAAUGGGUUGAGAACGGAACUGCUCCUGAUACGCUUCCGGUGAGCUUCAGUAGUAGCUCUGGCAAGAGAUAUGAUCGUAUCCUCUGUCCGUAUCCGUUGAAGGCGCGUUAUAUUCAAGGAAGGGAUCCUACAUUGGCAGAGAGUUAUCACUGUAGUUAGUCCGCUUGACAGGGUGUUGGUAAUUGACAAUUG